AAAACCCCAUUUAUGCUCAACUCGACAAAAUGUUUGAAGUCACCGAGAUAACGGCUAACCCAGUCUCCUCUCUCCGCAAAUGUUCCUCUCUCUCACUCCGAGUAGAGUUGAUAAGUCAAGGCUUGGCUUUUUCUGCACUCUCCAUCUUUUCCUCUUUGCCCAGUUCAGGAUUGUGACCCAAAUGAUUCGUAAUAUAGUUUUGACCCAAUCUUCUCCUUGAAUGAGAAUUUACCAAGAACUGGAUAAUCUUUCGUUUGUUGGAAAAUGGCCAAGAAAGGAAGCUCAAAGUUGAAUAUUGCUAUUAUUCAUCCCGAUCUGGGUAUAGGUGGAGCUGAAAGACUAAUUGUUGAUGCGGCUGUGGGACUCGCAUCCCAUGGGCAUAACGUUCAUGUUUUCACAGCGCACCAUGACAAAAAUCGAUGUUUUGAGGAGACUAUUUCUGGUACCUUUCCUGUGACUGUCUAUGGUGCUUUCCUACCCCGACAUAUAUUCAAUCAUCUUCAUGCUUUGUGUGCAUAUCUACGGUGCCUUUUUGUUGCUCUGUGUAUGCUAGUCAUGUGGCCAUCAUUUGAUGUGAUACUAGCAGAUCAGGUUUCUGUUGUCAUCCCAUUGCUGAAGCUGAAGAAGUCAACAAAGGUUCUAUUUUAUUGUCAUUUUCCAGAUUUAUUGCUGGCUCAACAUACAACUAUUCUAAGGAGGAUAUAUAGAAAACCAAUAGACUUCAUAGAAGAAAUGACAACUGGAAUUGCAGAUAAGAUUCUUGUUAAUAGCAAAUUUACAGAAUCUAUGUUCGCAAAGACCUUCAAGCAUCUUGAUGCACGAGGAGUUCGGCCAGCUGUUCUUUACCCAGCUGUCAAUGUGAAUCAGUUUGAUGAACCCACCAAUUCUUACAAGUUGAAUUUUCUGUCCAUCAACCGUUUUGAGAAGAAAAAGAAUAUAGACUUGGCAAUUUCAGCCUUUUCUAUGCUUCGCACCCUUAGAGGAGAUGUGCUUCAAGACCUUAAUCUGGCUGAAGCUUCCUUGACAAUUGCAGGUGGUUUUGAUAAGCGCUUGAAGGAAAAUGUUGAGUACUUGGAGGAGCUCAGAAGUUUAGCGGAAAGUGAAGGAGUGUCUAGUCAGGUUAACUUCAUCACAUCUUGCUCAACAGCUGAAAGAAAUGCACUUCUCUCCCAAUGCCUAUGUGUUCUUUAUACGCCAAAGGAUGAACACUUUGGCAUUGUUCCUCUGGAAGCGAUGGCGGCUUACAAACCUGUUAUUGCAUGCAAUAGUGGGGGGCCUGUAGAGACAGUUAAGAAUGGUGUAACAGGAUUUCUUUGUGAAGGUAACUCAAGAGAAUUCUCCUUGGCUAUGGCCAAACUCAUUCACGACCCACAGAUGGCACAGAGAAUGGGUACGGAAGCUCGAAAGCAUGUCACAGAGUCGUUCUCUACAAAAAUAUUUGGUCAGAACUUGAAUCAAUACCUUGUUGAUGUUGCUCGGUCAAAGAGAGACUGAGAAUGAAUUAACAUAGCAGGAUACGCAGAUGUUUUGUUUUCUCUUGUUUAUACAUCACUCUUCACUGGUGUGUUUCUUUUUUAAUUUCUUCGACUUACCAUCCAUACAUCAAUAACUGGUUGACAUACAAUACCAUACCAAUUUGCUGUAUUUAUGAACAUUGGAGAUUCUAUGAAUCAUAAGUGGCUUGAUAUAU